AUGGCCAAUGUUGAACACAAUGGUAACACUUGGCAGAGCACCCUCUGCCUUUUGUUUCUAACCACAACCUUUCUUAUUGCCAACUCUGCAAGGAUCCUUGAUGAAGUAGAACCCCAACCCCAAGCCAUAGGUAACUUGGCAGCAUCUGGAACUGCCAAUCCUUCCUUCAUAACAGGUCCAGUCACCACUUCACCACAGGCAGGUCCUGCCACCACUUUGCCGAUUAACCAAAAACCUGCAGCCACAACCACACCACUGGUAGGACCUGCCACCACUUUGCCAAGUGGCCAAACACCUGCAGCCACCACCAUCAGUCCUGUUGCUACAGAAGAUUCCGGAGAUGAAGAUGACAAUGCAGACCCCCCAGUUCCGGAAACAGAAGCUCCAGCAGAGGACAUUCCUCCUGUGGCAAUUCCUACUCCAGAAGUCGUGCCAGCUAUCCCUAAUGCAACACCUGUGACACCAAAUCCUGUGGCAAAAGAGGCAUCGUUCUCUUUCUUCAUGCAUGACAUCCUUGGGGGGUCACAUCCAUCAGCAAGAGUGGUGGCAGGAAUUGUAGCAAACACUGAUGUCACUGGCCUACCAUUCUCCAAACUCAACAACAACCUCUUCCCAAUCACUGGAGGAAUCCCCUUGGUCAACCCCAAGCUCAAUGGCAUCAUCACCAAUAACAACCUUCCAAACCUUGUUGGCCUCAGUGGUACACAAUCCUCCACUGUGUUUAAGAACAGUGGCACCAGCAACACAGUCACUGGCAGCGGCAACCAGCCAUUUGUCUCGGCAGGUAACCUCCCUGCAGGGUUCACCAUUCAGAAGCUCAUGUUCGGAUCGGUGACAGUGAUUGAUGAUCAGUUAACAGAAGGGCAUGAGCUAGAUUCUGCUGUGAUUGGAAGGGCACAAGGAUUCUACUUGGCAAGUUCAUUGGAUGGCACUAGCCAGACCAUUUUGCUGACCAUUUUGGUGCAUGGUGGCGAACACGAUCAACAUCACGAAGGAUUAGAGGAUAGUAUAAGUCUCUUCGGGAUUCAUAGGACAGCUUCAACAGAAUCUGAGAUAGCAGUGAUUAGUGGAACUGGGAAAUAUGAGAAUGCAAAAGGUUAUGCUUCACUUGAGACCCUUCUGAAGGAAGACCAGCACACCACCGAUGGGGUGGACACCAUCUUGCAUUUCAAUGUCUAUCUCACUGAGUAG